UUACACAUCUACCGAAGAUCACCACAUCACAUCCUUAUUUCAUUAAUCAUAAAACAAAAAUGAAAUUGUUCGUCGUAGUAUCCGCCCUUGUGGCAAUGACUUACGCAGCCCCGCAGUUCCAAUAUCAAACACAGCCUCAGUAUCAGAAUCAGGUGAUCCCGAUCAUCAGACAAACACAGGAGAUCAACCCUGAUGGAUCCUACCAAUACAGCUACGAAACUGGCAACGGUAUUGCUGCACAAGAACAAGGUUACCUGAAGAACCCUGGAAUCAAAGAUGCCGAGGCGCAGGUUGCUCAAGGUUCAUACAGCUACACAUCCCCUGAAGGUCUCCCAAUCUCAGUGAACUACAUCGCUGAUGAGAACGGUUUCCGUGCUGAAGGUGCUCAUUUGCCUACUCCUCCUCCCAUCCCUGAAGCGAUCCUUCGCUCCCUCCAAUACAUCCAAGCUAAUCCCCAACAACCCCAGAACCAAUACCAACAAGGGUUCCGCGGCUAACUUCCCUGUUUCUCUUCAAUAAAACUACCCACGCGAACUCAAGACUCACUUAUCCAAUGGCUCUUGGAAAGUAACAACUCAACGAUCUUCUAGUUAUAAGAAUAAAUGCUACUGUGAUGUAUUUUAAUUUUAUAAGAACGAGAAUAAAUUCAAAA